AUGUGUAGUACUGGGUGCUUUUGCAAAGAAGGAUAUGUGCGAGAGUCCAAUAAAACAGGCAGUUCAUGUAUAAAACAGGAAGAUUGUACAAAUGUGAACGUGUUGCCACAGUGCACCGAAAAUGAAGAAUUUUUGAAAUGUGGUUCAGCAUGCCCACCGACAUGUGAUAAUUGGCCUUAUCCACUUCCAAAAGGUCCCACUCCGUGCAUCAUGAUAUGCAAGCAAGGCUGCUUCUGUAAGAAGGGUCUUUACCGUUCAAAGGAUGGCAAGUGCGUCAAACCCGAAGAGUGCUGUGGCAAGAACGAGGUAUUCACAAGUUGUGGUUCAGCCUGUGUCGAAACGUGUAACAACAAGCCUGAUAUUUGUACUUAA